UGCAAAUUUGUUGGAUGGCUCAAAAUCACUUUGUUAAGUUUCCCUUUAGGUAUUUGGCUGUUUGGGGAUGUGGUUGGCCGGCUGUUGGGAUAUCCGUUUGUCUUCUCGUUUCUGUGCUUUAUCACUUCGAUAGAGUGACCAGCACGCACUGCAAAGUUCCUAAUGUUCUCCCUUCCAUCAGCGCAGCUGUUGGGGAUGUCUCACCACAAAAACACAUUUUUCGUGCUUGCAUAGGACUUCAUUGUCCUGCUGUGUAUUUUGGUGCUUUCUGGUACUUUAAAUAUUUUAACAACUUCUCACUUUCAACGUUUUAUUGUCGUCUCAAUUAUGUCACAAUGAUACUGAGAUGGACUGAAAUAACAGCCUUACUUGGACUGUCGGUCAUCUCAUCAACAGAAAAUCACUCUGCUCAUGAGAAGUCCUUCAUACUGUUUGUGGUGACAAGUUAUAUCCACAUGAUUGCACUUCUCAUCAUGCUGAGGUGGAGCCGCAGACGUCCCCUCACAGAUCAGGAGAAGAGAUCAAUUGUAGUGAAAUUCACGAUAUUUGUGUUGAGCUUGACAGCCAUGCUGGCAUCGGCAUACUUUUUCUUUCGACACAAUGCUUACUGUGAACCAUACAUCUACAGCUUCUAUUGUGGAUUAGAGUAUGUGGUAGUCGCUCUCAAUAUCGCCUACCACGGCAGCAUUCUAAUGGAUAUGGGAAGGCCAAUGUACAUAUACGUUGGACCAAACAGUGGAUCAUCCGGGUCAGACCGAAUGGACUAAUUUUCUGACUUUUAUUCCAUUUACUCUAAACGCAAUUAAUAAUGUCACUCUUUACCAUUUGACUCUCUUGGUGAAAUGAUGAAAGUAUGGUUACAGAAAAAUGCCAAAAAUUAAAGAUCUGAACUGACUUGUGUGAUAUACAUGUAGCUGUUGUUCAA